GUGCUCCUUGGAGAAACAACAGAACUGCCAGAGCAUGGAUUGGAUUUCUCUGGCCCCAAGUAUCUUCGCUUAAGAAAGCCCUUACAGAUAAGCCAACAUGGUAUGUUAUACUUUUCGGGACCUGAGCUACUCUAAAAGGAUGCAGUACAUGUCUUGGCUGCCAACAGUGAACGUGUGGGUGAAAAUGAUGAGAAUGUGGAGCGAGGUAACUGGUCAUCGAAGGCUGACUACCUGCUCUCGAUAAUUGGUUACGCCGUGGGUCUGGGCAAUGUCUGUCGAUUUCCGUUCCUGGCUUACAGAAACGGAGGAGGUGCGUUCCUUAUUCCCUACGCUCUCAUGCUGACACUCGCUGGGAUCCCCAUGUUUUUCUUGGAAACUUCAUUUGGGCAGUUUACCAGCCUUGGGCCCAUUGCAGUGUGGAAAGCUGUGCCAAUAUUACAAGGUGUAGGAAUCACUAUGGUGCUUUCAUCAAUAUUUGCCAUUAUUUCUUAUGCCUGCAUCCUCACCUACAGUCUGUACUACCUGGUUGCUUCCUUCCAAUCACCCCUGCCAUGGGCAGACUGCUUCAGUUGGUGGGGAGCAGAUGAAAUAUGCAGCAGGAUUCCCAAAGAUCCACUCUGCAAUUUCACUCUGGAUGAUGGAUAUUUUGAAAUCGUUAAUACAACAUGGCUACAGAAAAACAAUGAAACUUGCCCGAAUGGAUCAAAAAUUUCCAUUUCUCACCAAAGCCCGAGUGAGCAAUACUGGGAUAAAGUGGUCUUACAGCGUUCCAGUUCAAUGGAUGAGACUGGGAGGAUAGUCUGGUAUUUAGCCCUCUGUCUGCUUCUGGUCCGUCUGACAGUUGGGGCAGCGUUAUCUAAAGGAAUCAAAUCGUCAGGAAAGGUGGUUUAUUUCACUGCAACAUUUCCGUAUGUAGCUUUGACCAUCCUCCUGAUCCGAGGGAUUACCCUAGAGGGAGCGUCGAACGGUAUUGAAUUCUACAUCGGAAGUCAGUCAGAUUUCUCCAAACUGGCUGAUGCUGAGGUUUGGAAAGAUGCCGCAGCACAAAUAUUCUUUUCUACCGCUGUAUCCAUGGGAGGCUUAACAGCACUUUCAUCUUAUAACAAAUUCCACAACGACUGUUACACAGAUACCUUCAUUGUCUGUGUUGCUAAUUGUGCUACGAGUGUGUUUGCUGGGUUUGUCAUCUUCUCUGUCCUUGGACACAUGGCUCAUGUGCAAGACAAACCUGUCUCAGAGGUUGUGCAGUCAGGUAUUGGUUUGGCUUUUGUUGUCUAUCCAGAGGCUCUGGCACAGUUACCAUUGGCACCUUUAUGGUCCAUUUUAUUCUUCUUCAUGCUGCUUACUCUGGGACUGGACAGUCAGUUUGCCGAUUUUGAAACAAUUAUAACAGGCCUGCUGGACCAAUUCCCCAAAUUUCUACGAUCCAAGCGCCUUUCUCUGACGACUGCUGCUUGUGUGAUAUUUUACUUCCUCAGUCUUUUACUUGUAACACAGGCUGGGAUUUACUGGAUAAAUUUAAUUGAUCAUUUCUGCAUCGGAUGGGUUCUCAUUGUGUCAGCCCUACUGGAACAGAUGGGUCUAAGCUGGAUCUAUGGGAUAAACAGAUUCAUCAAGGACAUUGAGAUGAUGAUUGGGAAAAGGACUUGGUGCUUCUGGCUGUGGUGGAGAAUGUGUUGGUUUUUUAUCACCCCGUGUUUGCUGGCAGUAAUCUUCUUCUGGUCCUUAGCAACAUUUGCCCCCCCAAGGUAUGGAGCUGUUGAAUACCCUGGCUGGGCAAUAGCACUGGGCUGGUGUAUGACAGUCUUUGGUAUUAUGUGGAUCCCCCUUGUCGCAAUAUUGAAAAUAGUUCAAGCUGAGGGCUCCACCUUGCAACAGAAAAUUUCUGCCGCUUGCACAUCAGCCCCUGAUUGGGGUCCGUACUUAAAACAACACAGAGGGGAAAGAUACAGAAUGAAGCUGGAUUCUGCAGAAACACCCAUCCCUAUGCAACUUCUGGUUACUCCUCAAAUAUGAACAUUUAACAGAGUAUGCCUUGCUCAGCUUGUAAACAAUGUCCUGAGAAAGCACUAUCACUCUGAUUUACUCCCAUUAGAACCUCAUUGUGUGCUUGCUAGAACUGCUAAUAACUUAGAGUUGAGGUCUCAAGUACAACUUUGGCUGAUGUUUCUUCUGCCCAUACUGCAGGCAUCAAUUUCGGGCAGGCUAGCGCACAGAUGUAUGAAUUAUGGAUUGAACGAUGCAUUGAAGAUGUGGUAUAUCUCAGUUAUGCACCUGUUUUUAGAUGGAUCUGAGCCAGAAGGCAAAGUUCAAACCAGAGUCCCAAUCUUUUCGCUGUUAGUAGGUUUCUUCACUGCAUGCAGCAUUACAGAUCUGUUCCAUCUCACUAUUAAUCGACUGUUUUUCUUAUUCUCUUACUGCUGUUUGAAAUAAAUAAAUCAAACAAAACCAGAGCAGAUAGCCCCAUGUAACAAAAAAUAAAAUUCUAACAAGACACACUAAAGUAUCAUAGUGGGUGUGAUGAUGCACCCUGACCUGUACGGUGCCCACCCACCACAGCAGGGCUGAAAACUAUCAGUGGACUGACUCACCUUCUAUACAAUCUUGGUCCUUCAUCAUACAAAGUCCUUACUUAUAUUUUUAGUCAACCAAUCAUUAACAGAUUGUUUCCUUUCCUCUCAAAACAAAAUCUUUGUAAAAUGAUUAAAGAAAUACAAAACAA